AUGAGAGGAAACCAUUGAAUAUAUUUCACUAGUGCAAGAGAAGACACAUUUCGAAGGUCCGACACGCAGAAAGCUGAGGGUUGAAGUAGAGAUAAGGGAACAGCUUUCUCCAUGAAAACCUGGCCUCGCCCGAACACCUGGCCUCCUAGACUGGCAAGUAGCUCGCGCAGGCGUAUUUUGACAGGCCGAGCCUAAGUGUUCUGGGCAAAAGAGCACGUGGUUUACGAGAAGGAAAAUAAGUAUGAAAGGUUCGUGUCAUUGUUUGGGCGCGUCUCCAAAUUACACGAAACUUCAAGAUAUCGCGCUUUGCCAACUACUGAAUGGUCCAAGUUAACGAAGGAAAGUACAGACAAUGUAGAAAAAUUCUGGAUCACAUACGACUUCAUGACUCUAGGACGCCGGGUCAGAGAAGCAGAGGUGUACGAGGCUAAAGUAGCAAAGAUAGCUGUGGCAAUAAGGGUGUGGAAGUGGACUGACUUACCUAGCAAAUUACGCAAUAAGAAUUCUGCAGGGAAAUGUGUGGUGACUUCUAAAGCAAAAUCUCGUCAUGUAGCCGUACGUCUUACAGGUGCGGCAAAUACUAAGGGCUGA